AUAAGCGAAGCCAUACAGUAGUUUUAGCCGCAAAGUUUACUUUAACGAGUUGCUUUUCAUUUGAAACAGGUGCAACCAAACCUCUCUAUUGGCAAACGUAUUGCUAUUUGCUUUUUCACAAGAUUAAACAGCAUCUGAUUCAAUAUUCUCUUAAGUGCGGUGAUUUCACAGCGCCGCCUGUGCGUAAAAAUUCAAAGCUGGCUAAUUUUAUUUAUUAGCACGUCUGUCGGGCGUGGCUGGCUUGUCUGCCGGGGAUGGGCUAUAGCCGUAUAGUCUGCUCCGGGGCUGCUGGAUGCUCCGUGAUGGAUGAGGAGUGACAGAUCGGGGUUAGCCGCCAGGGGAGUCCAUUUUCUUCCAGCGCACAGUCUUGCUGAGGAGAAAGCAGAGGAGGUGGGACACUGGACGCUGAGGAGGAAGGGACAAGAAACAGCCCGAUAUCCACCCCUCCUUCUUUCCCUCUCUGUCACUCUCUCUCUCUCUGCUCCUGUGCACCACAACCUAGUAGGCUUUACCCGGACUUCACCGCAUUGACGCUGCUACUGCCAGCCGACCCAACCCACUAAACUAAUGCACUGAUAUUCAGAGAGAGAGAGAGAGAGAGAGAGGGAGAGUCUUUUUGGAGGCUAUUGCCCACAGCUGGAAAGUGGACGCUGUGCGGAUUGCGUGCUUGGAUAUGCAGCAUUUCCCUCUUUCUUUCUCCCUGGAUCCGGACUCUGAUUCGCUGCCCUACUCGGUAACGUCAAGACUUUGGAGACGGGAGUGACUCGUUGUGGAGGCGGCGAUUUUGGAGAUUGCUGCAUAGUGCACGACAAGAAAUUUGGAUGCAACUUCUAAGUUUGCAGAGCUCGCAUUUUGAAUAUGGUUGCGUACUUGAAACCGUAAGCCCCCCACCCCCGUGCUGUGUCCAUCAUGGGUAUUGACUGAACAGAAGAGUAUCCCCGCGCUGCCACAGAGGUAUGAGGAUGCACUUGUGAGGAUUAAAACUGUGCUCAGUAAUUCCUGGACCAUGCAGAUUCUGCCGCCUGGGAAGUUAUUUGUGGUAUUAGCCCAUGCACAUGUGUUAUUAUCUCUAAAUAAUGGAGAAAUACGAACUAAAGAGGACAGCAACACCAGCGUAUACUCUGCCAGGAGUUUGCAUGGGUCACUCCGGGAGACUCAUCAAAAUAAAGCCAAGGACCGUGCGCUCGCGCCGGUUUACGCCACAGGUGCGUCCUCGGCGGAACUGCAGGCGCAGCGGGCAAUUGUCAGAGGGACCCUUAACUCCACUCAUCCCUGGAAAAGGGUAAUCGCAGAAGAAACGUGGCGAAUUGGACACAACAAACGCGAGUUCAGUAAGACUGUGACACCCGUGGAGGAUCCCAACGCUGUCUCACAUUGGGGCCCUACGCGUCACCAUAAUAAGAGGAUAAAGUUGAAUGGCGGCCUUAGUAGUACAGGGACGCCAGCAGGUGGACACUACAAUGCGGCUAAGCCCUCUUCAAUGGGACGGGGAGACGGAGGAGGGGGCCCCGAGGGCGACAGGCACAAGAGAGGCACAAAAGAUGAGCAGAAGAAAACGUCAAAGAGGGGGAGAAGCCGACUCAACAAAAGCUCCGUGGUUCUGGUUCAGCCUCACGCGUCGCCGUGGGAACCCAUCCCCAAGCCGGUGGCCCUCACCUCCACCGACCUGCCUCUUGACCUCUUCACCAGGAGGACGGAGUUUUUCACUUUCAGGGAGGAGAACCCCUGGGACGCCACGCCGAUCACACCUCCCAGCUCGCCGGAUUUCGGGGACGAGAUCAAGAACCCCUUUUACCCGGUGACAAGUGAGACUUACGGCGCUUACGCAAUCACAUGCGUGUCCGGGGUUAUUUUCCUGGUGGGGAUAGCGGGAAACAUUGCCAUCCUGUGCAUCGUGUGUCAAAACUACUACAUGAAGAGCAUCUCCAACUCACUGCUGGCCAAUUUGGCUGUGUGGGAUUUUGUGCUCAUCUUCUUCUGCCUGCCUAUGGUGGUUUUCCAUGAACUGACAAAGUCGUGGCUGCUGGGCGAAUUCACCUGCAAAGUGGUUCCCUAUGUGGAGGUGGCUUCUCUCGGCGUGACCACCUUCACCCUGUGCGCUCUGUGCAUUGACCGCUUCCGUGCCGCCACCAAUGUCCAGAUGUACUACGAGAUGAUCGAGAACUGCACCUCCACUACUGCUAAGCUAGCAGUCAUCUGGAUCGGUGCCCUCCUAUUGGCCCUCCCCGAGCUUCUCAUCAGACAGCUAGUGGCAGAAGACACAGGAAUCCCAGAUGAGCCUCCUGUUGAACGCUGCAUUAUCAGGAUAUCCACCUCACUUCCUGACAUGCUCUACAUACUGGGCUUGACUUACGAAGGUGCUCGGCUGUGGUGGUGCUUCGGUUGCUACUUUUGUCUCCCCACCCUCUUCACCAUUGGGUGCUCAUUAGUGACGGCGCGCAAGAUCCGGCGUGCAGAGCAGGCCAGCGUGCGCAGCAACAAGAAGCAGAUUCGGCUGGAAAGCCAGAUGAACUGCACCGUUGUGGCGCUGGCAAUCGUCUACGGCGCAUGCGUGGUGCCUGAAAACAUCUGCAACAUCGUGUCAGCGUACAUGGCGGCCGGCGUUCCUGAGCACACCAUGUCUGUGCUCCAUCUUCUCUCCCAGCUGCUGCUCUUUUGUCGGGCCGCCGUGACACCCGCUCUGCUGCUUCUACUCUGUCGUCCGCUGGGCAGGGCCUUCCUGGACUGCUGCUGUUGCUGCUGCUGCUGUAACCACAUGCCCUCCUCGGCCACAGCCAGCGAUGAUAACGAACACGAGUGUACCACCGAGUUGGAGCUGUCACCAUUCAGCACCAUCCGCAGGGAGCUGAGUAACUACACACCUGCCGGUUCCAACUGCUGAACUGACAUUCCUCAUCAGGGAUGGAAAUUUCACUGGCCUGCUACUUGCCUUUGGCUAGUGUUUUUCAGUCUCGGCUAGGAGAGAUUUGCCUUACCUAGUCUAGUUACAUUUUUAAAUGGGUGCAUGGAUAAAGUCUGACACUGAAUAAUUACAUUCAUCCAGUGUCCUAAAUCCUCAACUUUGAUUUCUAACAAUAAUAAUGAUACACAUUUACAGUAACUGUAAAACCCCCUUUUUUUGGGAAUCUAACAAAAAGCAAAAUCUUUUCACUCAUGCCCUGGGGUGCUCGUAAAACAGGGUCAGUAGAUAUUUUUAGCAAUUCUGCCUGACACCUUUAAAACUUACCAACCUCCCUGCUGUAGACCUUGUAUGCCUAAAUAUCAGUAUCUUUGGACAGCUGGCCUCUUAACCUGUCUGAUGUCCAGUUCCUCACAAGAGGUUUGAAUCAGGUUCAUUUCUAUAAACUACUGAGCAGGAAAAACUACUGUCUCCCACAGGCCUCGUACUUUUAGUCACAAGGAAAGUUAAUAUUUAUACUGUACUAUGUACAUAUGGAAACGAUUGUACAGAAUAUGUCACUAUGUAUUCUGUUAAAAUGAAUAAAACAGUUUGUGAUGAUAAAUGUAUUUGGUCACCAUAAAAUAUGUUACUGUGUUGGAAACUGUGCUGUAUAUCUUAGGGGAGAACUAAUCAAUAAUCACCUUCCAAAUGUGUCACUGUUCAAAUUAAGAGGGUGAAUUAAGUGCAUCCUUCUAUAAUAACUCAAAUGCAGCAUCCAGCUAAAUAUCUGGGCUGACACUGCCUAUCGAAAUACAGGACUCAGUCUCCAGACGGCAUCAGUUGUAAAUGUACAGUUCAUAUAAUGCUGCACACAUGGGCUUACAAUAAUUAAACUAGCGCAGGGCCUCUGUGCAGUAAUGACAGUUCGCAAGAGGAAAACACGGAGGAGAGAGUGCAUUGGAGAAUCCAAAUGUACACAACAUUUACACUGUAUACUGAAAAAUAUCCAUUUGACUCAAACACAACUGGGCUGGUCUCAGAGAUGCAUAAACACGGACGCGGAUGGAAUUAAAAGGUUUGGAAUGGACUAAUUGAAAUCUAAUUAGAGUUGAAUGGAGUGGAAUGGAAUCAAAUUAAACACUACCGAUUCAAUUGAAUGGAGUGAAUAUGAACUGGAGUGGAAAGGAGCAUAAUGCCGUGGAAUUUAUUUGAGUGGGAUUCACUCAGCAUGGACUGGACUGAAAAUAAAUAUCUGCACUACACUGUUGUAUCAUGUAACGCCUUACACUUUGGGCUGUAUAUAUAUACUGUACACUUUCUUUGGUGCUCUUCAUGAUGAUGAUGAAUGCACUGUAAACAACAAAUCAAUUGGUUCGACUUAGAAUCACAAGUAAUUGAGCUGCGCACUAUGUCUUGUGGUCAAGAAGACAGAUUGCAGUUAUGUAACUCUGGAAUACAUGAACAAUGGCAAAGUAAGAGAUGAAAAACAUCAGUGUAGUGUUUCACUGAGCUGCCCUAGACACAGUUUACAGAGAUCACAUGGUCUUUGCGUAUAAACACUGCAUUCGUUGGGAGUGAUACCCAAACCACAAGUAUGGUAGCAGUUUAUUUUACAACACAGUAAUCGCUUAGUGUUUAUGAGGUCACUGGUAAAUACUGAUAAAAGAAAACCUAAUUACUAAUAAUUAACAUAGUAAAAACUUAUGUAGAUUCAGUAGUGAGUUACAUAUUUUUAUUAUUUCAUUUGUAUAGAAUAUAUCUAUAUAACGUGAACAUGACAGUAAUCAUCAAUCAUUUACAGGGUAAUGUGAAAUCAUUAUUUUAAAAAAGUGCCAAUAUAACAUAAUUAAAUUGUAAAUACAACUGCUGCACUGUAGUCAUAGAGGGAAUUGUACAUU